AUGUGCUCUUCGCACGGGUUUUGCUUAAGCGUCUCUCCCCCCUCUUGGAUCCAUCCUGUUCCUCCGCUUCGCAGUGCCUUGCGCUCAGGUUGGCCGGCCCUGUGUGGGAGGCUUGCAGGGAGCAGGCAUUCUGAGCCCCAGACACUGUCAAGCGUUGCAGGUUUUCGGGAACAGCAGGGCCAGGGGGCUGGUAGGAGGAAGGGAAGACUGGGUAAGGUGGUCCAGAGGGCACUGCAGGCGGCCGCGGCCCAGGCUGAUACCCACACAUGCACACGCUCGGUCCCCAUGGCUUUCAGCCACCACCUGCUAACCAAAGAGAACCAGCACUCCAAAGAACCCCGGGGGGACCUAGGCCUCCCGAGAGCAGGGCCUGGAGUGCACCCCCAGCUCGCUCAGCCCCGAAGACCCGGGCGGGGCCUCCUGUGCCCCCCAGGAUGCACCCCGGCUUUUCUCGUGGUCGCCAGUCACGAUCCAGUUCGCUUUCGUGAGUGCCAGGCUCCCGGGCCACGGGCCAUCGGCACCUUUGGGUGGGUCUGCGGGGUGACACGCCUGGCCUCCCAGCUACCUCUGCCCUCCAGGCGGGGCCGGAGCCCCAGGCACCUGCCCUUUGGGAAGCGUCCAGGCUCCUACCCAUGCCCAGCCCGGGAGCCGACCCCUCCCUGCGCGGUCCUCGUAGGCGGGCUCAGCGAGGAGGCCUGUUAA